AUGAGCGACGAAUACAUCCUGUUGGGGAUGGAGAAUCCUUUGCUCGACAUCUCUGCUGUAGUAGACGAUAAGUUUUUAGCGAAAUAUGGACUUGGGGCCAAUGAUGCCAUUCUUGCCGAGCAAAAACAUAUGGGCAUCUAUGAAGACAUGACAAAAACCUUCAAAGUCGAGUACCUCGCUGGCGGGGCAGCUCAAAAUACUUUACGUGGUGCCCAAUACAUGAUGCCUGCCAAGUCUACGGUCUAUAUUGGAUGUGUCGGCAAGGACGACGCUGCCCAAAUCUUGCAACGCGAAGCUGCAAAGGACGGUCUUCUCACCGACUAUCUUGUCGACGAAGCAACUCCAACUGGAAGAUGUGCCGUCCUCAUCACCACAGCUCAUCGAUCUCUUGUCACCGACCUGGCUGCUGCAAACAAUUAUAAAAUUGCACAUUUAAAGCAGCCUCAAGUUUGGGCACGAGUGGAGAAAGCAAAAUAUUACUAUAUUGGUGGAUACUUCUUGACUGUCUCGCCAGACUCGGCAUUAGCUGUAGCCCAACAUGCCGCUGAGAAUGGAAAGACCUUCACAAUGAACUUGUCAGCUCCCUUCAUUCCAAAAUUCUUUGGUCAACAUAUUGAUGAGCUCAUGCCCUACGUUGAUGUACUCUUUGGAAAUGAAUCCGAAGCAGACGCUUACGCAGAUGCCAAGGCCAUUGGAACUCAUGAUGUAGCAGAAAUCGCCUUGCAUAUAGCUGCAUUGCCAAAAAAGACUGGCAAACCAAGACUAGUGGUGUUUACACAAGGUAUCCAUCCUACUGUCGUUGCAUUUGAAGGCAAGACAUGGACAUAUCCCAUCAUUAAAUUCGUACAAGGAAAAUCAAUCCCACAAAGUGUUGCGGGCGGGCUCUACCUCGCUUCGGUUGUGGUGCAAAUGUCUGGCCCAACCUACCCAAAAGAUGCGCCAGAUUUCAAAUUUUAA